AAUAGAACAGUAUUAUUUUCGUUGACGUGAACCAGAUUGACAUCAAAUUUUAUAAAUCCCGCAAUUUUAAAAUAGAUUUAAUUUAUACUUGAUUAUGUUGUUAUGUUAAUUUUUUGAAAAUGGCGAGUGACAUAGAAAAAGGUGAUUUUGGUGAUAGUGCUCGCAACAAAUCCCGAUAUGAGCUAACACCUAAAAACUCGAAUCACGUAUUUAACGGCGCUGGUGAAAAUAUUCAGUAUCACAGUGAUUCCGAGUCCACUAUUUCUAAAAAAAGUAAAACUCGUUAUAUUAAUCCUGCCAUAUACAUUGAGACUGUGGAAGCUUCACAUUCUUUGACGUCACUACAGACUGACUCUUCUUGCGUUGAUGACAUCACUCCUCAUCCUCAUAGCUCUUAUAGAAGUAACUCGACUCCAUUUCUCACGGGAAGAUUGUCUAGUACAUCUUCAAGCAGCGUCAAAAGAAAAUCGUGUAGAUUAUCACAAAAUAUUGAUAAGGAUGAUAUAGAAGAGGAGUCUCCGCGAUACGAUAGGACGUACCGAGAAGAUGGUCCUGAUACUUUUCGACUAUCAGUCGCAUCUCUGUCCACAACCACAACAGCUAAGGAAGAACGUGAGCGAAAUGAGAAAAAGAGACAGGAAGCGUUUAAACAGUGGCUGGAAAGAAAAGAACAAGAGAAGCGUGAAAAAGCACGAAUCGAAAAGUUAAAGCGCCAAACAGCGCCCAGAACAACGGCGGAGCAACGCGAGGAGUCUUACCGGCGAUGGUUAGAAGGGAAACGCACUCAGCUUGAGCGGCAAAAAGCUGAAGAAAUAAUGCGUAAAUAUCGUGAAAAAGAGCGGCUUGAACAGGAGCGCAGUAGGCGGCAACGUGACAGGGAGGAGAAGCUGGCGGAAUGGAUACGGAAAAAAGAGGAGGAAAUGAAAACAAUGAAAACUCGCGCCGAGCGUCGAGCUGCGCGCGCCGCUAUCGAGGAGCAAAGGCGGCGGGUGCAAGGCGAACAAGCUUACCGCGAUUGGUUACGCACCAGCAAGAACAAGCCGCUGCCAGUGCCUCUGAACCAGGGAGAACUUAGUAUGCGGGGUUCUGUUUCACAGAUGUAUAUUAACCCGGUUCCGUGGCAAUCCACUAUUUGAAAUACAUACAUAUAUUUUUUUAAUAUUUACAUUAACUAACUUAAUAUCGUGUGUUAUAAUUGUUUUUUGACCGCAUGGUAAUAAUACUCUAAAAUCGCUGAUUCAGGAAUUAUCGUCGAUGUAUUUUGAUAAAAUUUUUCAGUUUUUUGAUACAUUUGUUAAAAUAUUAUUAAUUUGAUUUUGUUUGUAUGAUAUCUGUUAUUUAGCUUUUAAAUACUUUCAAGGAAAUAAAAAUAUAGCUUGUGAU